AUGGGAGCCGAAGAUUCAACGAUAAUAUGCUUCGAAGUUAAUGGUGGUUCUUCACAACGACUUUCAAGGCGAUGGCCAAACGCAGGUGGGUUGAAGCCUGCAACUUCAUCAAAGUUAGAAAAUAGAAUACAUGCUACUAAAGUUAAACCAAGCCUACGAAUAUCAAAUAUCGGGAGCAAAAGAUUACACAUUACUGCAACUCCAGAGAAAAAGAAAUUGACAUCGAGAUUAAACCAAGCACUAACAAAUAGAACCGACAAGAAGAAUGGGUUACCGGAAAUGGGAGGACACCAGCGAAAACAUAUCCCUAAUUCGUAUCUACCUCACCUCUUCAAACGCCUCCAAGAAUACGGUGAAGUUAAUUUGGAAACUGCUUCCAGGAUGUAUACAAUAUUUGGAGUUGCUGGAACAAUUAGAUUGCUUGCAGGGACAUAUGUAUUGGUCAUAACUUCUCGCAAGGAGAUUGGAACUUACCUUGGUUAUCCUAUCUUCAGAGUCAUGUCUAGGAAGUUCUUAUGCUGUAAUGAAGGUUUAAGUAAUCUUAAUAAUCAGCAAGUCCGAGGUUCAAUUCCUCUAUUGUGGGAACAAAUUGUUGAUUUAAGUUAUAAACCGCGUAAUUUUAACCUUGUGUUUAACUGGAUGCAUCCCAUGGUGGUGAAACGCCACUUUCAUGAUCUUAUGCAAAGAUAUGGAGAUACUAUUGUUGUUGACUUAACUGACCAGCAUGGAAAUGAGAGCCUUUUAAACCUGGCAUUUGCCACAGAAAUGGAAAAGCUUCCUGAUGUUAGAUGA